AUGAAGAGGAUAUGGUCUUUCAUCUAUUACCUGGUCCACUUAGAGUGGAGGGAAAGGGUGCAAACAUACUGCAUCUUUUGUGACCGAAGAAGAUUCGAGGAGAACAUUGUCUAUGAGGAUGACGAUCUUAUUGCGAUAAAUAACAUCCGCAAAGCGGGGCGCUAUCACUGGCUGGUAAUGCCCAAGCUGCAUAGUUGGCGUGACAUCGAAAAGUUGGAAUUUGAGGAUGCACCGCUAGUCGACUCUAUGGUGGAACUAGGAGAAUAUCUCCUAGAACAGAACUGCCCUACCAUCCCACCCGCCAACGUACAUAUCGGGUUCCACCGCGGUCGCCGUGUUCUGUUCAGAGGCACUUACUGGCCUGACAUUGUUUCCGUUCACCAUCUUCACAUGCAUGUUAUCGUAGAGCCUCGUUUCUGGUUGAAGCUAUUCAAAUACCCUUCGUGGCUACCGCUGAUGUGGAAGUCCGAGAAGCAAGUGAUGCAAGAACUGAAGGGAAAGUCGAGGAAAUAUAGCAAGUCGAGGAUGACGGAUCUGCUUAACCGCCUCCUGUUAUACGGGUCGUCUUCUCGUGCGCGGUGA